GGGCAUUCGACGUCAACUCAAGGGCGCGACAACGCCAAGCUACUGUCUCCUUUAUUAACCAACAAGUUGUACCCUUUCUCUGUGUGAAACUGCCAUCUUGCGAUAGAGUACCUGCUUGUGUUUUAUUUUAUUGAUAUUUUACGAGACCCCAACACGCAAUUCACAAAAUGGGAAUCACUGCCGCGAGGACCUUCCUCGCGUUCCACCACAAUGCCAAGCUGUACAAGCUGCAGACUGUCGUGACGGCCGUCAAGCCCUUCGCGGCGCUCGAGGAGGCCAACCGGCUCUUGUUCAAGCAGGGCACCGACGAGGACUUUGCCGUUGUCACCGAGCAGACCAUCUUCCACCCGCAGGGCGGCGGCCAGCCGUCCGACGAGGGCACCAUCUCCUCUCCCCCCAGUAGCGCAGGCGAGGAAGCCACACCAUCAAUCUUCCGCGUGAGCGCUGCGCGCACGGACGCCGUGCACGACGGGCAGGUGCUGCAUUUCGGGCGCUUCGACGCGGGACCCAGCGGAGGACCACCGCAAGCGUUUGCGGCGGGUACGGCGGUGGAGCAGGCCAUCGACGUCGAGAAACGAGUGUACUACUCGCGGCUGCACACGGCGGGCCACGUGCUGGGGGCGGCGGUGCGGCACCUGCUGGAGGGCGAGGUGGCGGGGUUCGACGAGCUCAAGGCGAGUCACUUCCCGGACUCGGCGUCGUGCGAGUUCAAGGGCCUGGUCGACGGCAAGUGGAAGGAGCCCAUUCAGCGGCGGCUCGACGAGUACGUCGCGCGCGCGAUGCCCGUCGAGAUCGAGUUCUGGGACGACGCCGACUUUAUUAAGAACGGCCUUGAGCGCCUGAUUCCCGACAAGAGCCUCGCCGCGCCGGGCGAGAAGUUCCGCGUCGUCCGCAUUGUCGGUGCCGAGACCUACCCUUGCGGAGGCACCCAUGUCGACACUACCGACCUGUGCGGUGAGGCCACGGUCAAGAAGAUCUCGAGGAGCAAGGGGAUAUCGAGGGUUUCGUACGCGGUGGCGUUAUAGCGACGGUUGUGCUGUGGAUGUGGGUGACCCGCCCGCUGGGUAAAUAGAAAUAGACGUGUUUGGGGGUUUUCCUCGGCGCGGAUGAGAAGAAGCAAGGAAACAUAGUGAAAUAAGAUGGAACAACAACAAAAAAAGAGGUACAAAAAGAUUUGACACCUUUCACAUACAGAGGCGGAAAGGUGCAAGAGAAAACGGAUCGCCGAUGCCCACACUCAGACUUGAACUGAGGACCUCAUCAUGAAACAGUGUUGAAAGUCUCUACUAGUAAUAGCUCUACCCCUGGGCCAUGCGGGCUUGUGAAUUGAUGACUAAUCUCACACCCAUUUUUCUUUU